UCUGGCGCUGGUGGGGUCGUGGCUAGCCUACGUGCUCUGUCCUCUUCUUGGUCCAGUGGUCCAGUGUAGACAUUCCUGUUAGAUUUUCCUGUGUCAGUCCGGUCUCUGCUUCAGACUUCACCCUAACACAUGAAACGUCUUUCCUUGCUAGCCCGUACCUACCUCCUCCGCCUUCGGCUAAGUUGGAACUUCUUUCUUUAGCUUGGGCACCUCAGGUCGUCUUUUCCUGGUUAGACCUUCUCGUUUUCCCUGACUACCGGUACCUAUCAAAACGUGUUUCAGUGUAUUUUGAAAGUAAGGUCGCUACCUUGGAACUUCCUCCAGCAUUUGGAUAACCUUAAGUUCUCUGGGCCAUUAUGGCUGUCAAAUGGACUAGUGGACAUUCUUCUCCUAUUCUCUGCCUGAAUGCAAGUCCAGAAGGGCUUGUGGCUUCUGGAGCUGAGGGUGGAGAUCUCAUGGCUUGGAGCAAAGAUGGCACUCCACUGGGACACACAUUUUUUCAAGGGGCUGAUGAUGUUACCAGUGUCUUAUUCUCUCCCUCCUGCCCCACCAAGCUCUAUGCCUCCCAUGGAGAAACCAUUAGCAUACUAGAUGUCAGAUCUCUCAAAGGUUCCUUGGACCAUUUUCAUGUGAAUGAAGAAGAAAUUAAUUGCCUUUCAUUGAAUGAAACUGAAAACCUGCUGGCUUCUGCUGAUGACUCUGGUGCAGUCAAAAUCUUAGACUUGGAAAAUAAGAAAGUUAGCAGAUCACUGAAGAGACAUUCCAAUAUCUGUUCUUCUGUAGCUUUUCGGCCUCAGAGACCUCAGAGCCUGGUGUCCUGUGGACUAGAUAUGCAGGUGAUGCUAUGGAACCUUCAGAAAGCUCGGCCACUCUGGAUUACCAAUUUACAGGAGGAUGAAACAGAAGAAAUGAAGAGCCCACAAUCAUCCAGUCAGCUUUUAAACCCUGCUCUAGCUCAUUCUGUGUCCGUGGCAUCAUGUGGCAAUAUUUUUAGUUGUGGUGCAGAAGAUGGUAAGGUUCGAAUCUUUAGGGUGAUGGGAGUCAAGUGUGAACAAGAACUGGGAUUUAAGGGCCACACUUUGGGGGUAUCCCAGGUCUGCUUUCUGCCAGAAUCUUAUUUGCUGCUUACUGGAGGGAAUGAUGGGAAGAUAAUGUUGUGGGAUAUAAGCAGUGAACUUGAGAAAAAAAAGAUAAGUCCUAAAAAACAGAAGAGUCCUACAAAACAUUCCCACAGGAAGAACACUAAAAGAGCAACUUAUACCAAGCAGGGUAAAAACAGUAAUACCUCAGUAACAGGCGAAGAACAGGGCGAAUUUUUACCAAAGCUAAGUAUUGAACAUGGAGAAAAAGUGAACUGGCUCUUGAGUACAAAAAUAAAGGGUUACCAAAGUAUAUUAGUAGCUGAUCAAACUAGUUGUAUAUCUGUAUAUCCCUUAAAUGAAUUUUAAGUCCAAUAAAAAACAUUUGAAAAA